AUGAGUAUAACAACUAAUUCAUUGAAAUCUUUAAAGUUCACUAAUUCAGAAUUAGAAAAUAUUUUAGAAAAUUUUGGAGACGGUUCUUAUCCAACAUAUAUGCAGAAUGUGAAAGAGUUUUCCAGAUUGUUGAAUGAAUUUAAAUAUAACGGACCAAUUACUAAAAAGGCUAUAAUGAGAUAUUUAUAUCCCAAAAAAGUUGAAAAACAGGAGAAUAUUCCUCUUUAUGGUCCAGAGGACCUGGGCUCAGAGAGCCUUGAAACACCUCCUGAAUAUUUUGAAGAAAAAAUUAAACAAGAUGAAUAUUAUAACGAUGAGAUUGAGAAAUUGGAACAAUUAAGAAAUGAAAUAGAUGAAAAAAUUAAGGAAUUAAGAGAAGUUGAAAAAUAUAAUGAAAAUGAAGUAGAGGGUUUAAUGAAUAUCCCAGCUUCAGAAUCAGAAGUUCAGAAAUCUCAUGAAGAAAGAUAUAAAAAUUAUGUCUUAGAAUCAACACAAAAUUUAUUAGAUGGUGAAAUAGAUGAAACACUUUCGGAAGAAGGUAUUAAAUUUAUUCGUAAACAUAAGUUACAAUUUAUUGAUAAAGAAGAAUACCCUUGUAUCUUACUUUCACCCCCUCUCGAUUCUGAGAAAUUCAAAAAAGCUCUUAAAAACGUGACAUAUGCAACUAAUACGAUUAAGAAAGAAGAUCAUGAUAUUUACACAAAUUAUUAUUUAAAUAAAUGCACAGGUGUUGAUAAAGUUUUUGAUUUAUUAGAUAAAAUAUCAAAAGAAACCAUUGGAACCUAUAAAAUUUUGUGUGAUUGCGGUUUCAUUGUUGAAGAUACUAAUAAUGUUUCAUAUGAAAGAACAGCACCGAAGGAAGAUGAAGUGGAAAGGUCUAUACCAUUCGUUAUUAAGAACAUAAAAGAUAUGAAAACUUAUAAACAUUAUAUUUAUUCAUUUAUUUCAGAAAAAAUGGAAGCAACCCAUAAAACAUCUUCUCAUCAUUUUAUAGCUAUUCAUACAUUCCUUUUCAAAGUUGUGAAAUUAAAUAAGACAGGAAUUAGAUUUAAUGUAUCAGGGUACACAUUCUUGAGUAAAUUAAAAUGUAUUCGUCACGUCGCAGAUGAUAAAAAUUUAUGUGUUCUUAAUUCAUUUUAUGGGCUUUAA